ACCAGAGGACAAGAUAAACACCAACCUACUGCUGCUACCACCCACACCACUUACAGAACCAGAGACUGAGCCACUACAGAGGACAGAGGAUGCCAAGGUGGAGACCCGGAAGCCAGCAGAAGAGAAAAAAAGCAUUUUCAGGGCGGCAGCAGAGCAGAUUUCAGACCAGGAGCCAGCGCCGUACUGGGGCCAAACUGCCAUUAGGCCAUGCGGUUUGGAAUCCCCCAGACCCAGAACUCCCAUCAGGCCGUGUGGUUUGGAAUCUCCGAGACCCAGCAGUCCUGUGUGGCUAACGCCAUCGAAGCCUGUCCAGAACUCUCCUGUCGGAUCUGUUCUCGAGGUCAAGAUCAACACGACGAAGCCUGUCAAGGCUGCUGAGACAAAGGGCGGCACGUCAGCCAAGGCUGAGACACAGUCACAGGCUAAUAUCUCUGGCAAGGUGGAGACGCCAAAGAUGUCGGCGGUGAAGAAGAAGCAAGCGGACAUACUGCACAUGGAACUGGAAAACUUGGCCGAGCAGUUUGCGCUGGCUGUGACCACCAGUCCAUCAGGAGGCGCUGCAGAAGAGGGCAUGUCUCUGGAGCACCUGCUGAGUAGUAUGAUACAACCUUUAUCGGCACGAAGACAACUGCCACGCACACCCGAACAAAUACUAAGUGAGGUGCGUACGUCGUGGCGUAAGGUGAUGGAGGAUAGCGUUACCCAGAAGUCCUCUGCCACUACCACCACCACCACUGCAGCUCGGCCUUCCGGAAAGUUCCCAGACAGCUUCACAGGCCUCUUCACGCCCUUCUCUGAGGCCAGGGGAGACCCAAGCCUGAACCCCAAACCAGACACCAGCCUGUACCCCAAUAACACAUUUACCCUGAGCAGCAGUAGCAACACGGAGGCUGCAACUCGCGCCGUCUCUGUCCCUCUGGACGUCACCUACGACAACUCCGCCCCUCUCGAUGUGACCACCGCGUCGUCUGAGAGCUUCUGUCUGCGGCCUCCUGUGACGCCUGCGACGAUGCAGUACAACACCAGCGGUGACCAGCAGGGGGCGGCAUUUCCUCCUCUCACCACCUCCUUUGACUCCUCCAUAUCCCUGUCCCACCGCCACCACACCGAGACUUUGGGCUCCUCCACCACUCAGAGAGCGCACGAAACGGAGCACUCGUCCAAUGAAAAUUCGCACGAGGCUUCUGCCUUGGCCAAUCAUAAUUCGUAUGAGGCUUCUGCCUUGACCAAUCACAGUUUGUAUGAGGUUUCGGCCUUGGCCAAUCCCAGCUCUCGAGACGGCUUCGAUUUCGAUUUCAGCCUGGCCAAUGAGAGUCUUCCAGACCUGUCUAGCUGCGACAGCCUGCUGGCGAACGAAAGCCUCGUGAGUAACACCACCGCUAGUCCGAGCAUCUCAAGACGAGACUCAGACGACAUGCCUGAGGAUGAAGAAGAUGAUGAUGAUGAGGAGGAGGAGGAGGAUGGUGGUGAUGAUGAAAAACAGGAAGUGAAAGAACUUGUGUCGCCGCAGUUCCCCUCUCAGCCAGCAGAUGGAGACAACAAGGCGGCGGCGGCGGUGUUGUACGCGCGCCAGAGGCUGCAGGCCAUCCGGGAGAGAGCCACGGCCUUGGACCAGGAUCUGAACCUGCUCUCCUUCUCCCCCACACCCAGCACCUUAGCCAAGGGCCGGGGACACGGGGAGGAGGCUGGAGGAUGGGAGAACCACACAUCACAGCAACAGCAGGAGCCCUUCUUCUCAUUAGACCUGGAGGAGCUGGAUAGCCCCGCCCUGUCUGCGCGUCACCAUGGAGACAUGCGUCACCUUCCCAACCUGCUCUCCUUCUCUCCAGUUAAACAGCUGUAGAUGGAGGAUCAAGUUGGUUGGGUUGGGGGGCUUGUUCAUAUUUGUACACAACCAGUCAAAUCCCAUCAAAUGCAGAGGCAUGUACAUACUUUUACACGUACAUUUGUAAGCAGAUUGCAUUGUAGUUUGUCAUUCAGUGCAUGUGUGCGCUGUGUCCAUUAGGAUGAGCAACUCCAAAAUUAUGUGUGUCUUUUACAGGGAUGAGAAUUAAGACGUGUCAACGUUUACCAGCCAUUAAUAAAUAAAAUGAACAUACCAUCACCAGCCACUGAACUGUAUACUUAAUACUUUGUGCCUACCAGCCAUUUAUGUAAUUUGCCAGCACUUUGGCAAGACCGUCUGUGCCAUUUUCCAUCCCUCGUAAUGUAAAUAAAAAUUAGUGUGUUUCUUAACCGAAGAGUCUUCUACGUGUUGUACUAAAAUUGUCUUAUGUUCAUGAUUACUAAUUUUUAAUGGAAACAUUGUGUAUGUAGUGUCUGUCUUUCUCGCAAAUAAAGAAACUUGACUAGAAUAACCA